AUGGUUAAGAUGGAAGAAGAAAACACUCGCCGUAGCCGUAAACUAAACGGCGACGGCUUACUUAACCGCCAAUCAUUGCCGGAUGAUCUCAUCAUAGACAUCCUUUUAAGGCUUCCGGUGAGAUUUCUCCUGCAAUUGAAGUGCGUGUGCAAAUCAUGGAAAACCCUAAUAUCCAAUUCCCGAUUUGCAAAGCAACACCUUCAGAUGUUAACCAUGGAUCAAAGCAUAACCAACCCACAGUUUUUCUUUGGCCGAGGAGACCGCAAAAUUGUAUCUCUCCCUGUAAAGCCAUUGUUGGAAAACCACUCAGAAACUACUGAAGCGGUUGAGUUCAGCAUGGAACAUAGGUUUCGUGUUCUUGGUUCAUGCAAUGGGUUGGUGUGUCUGUUGGAUAUCGAUGAAGGCUAUGUUAGACUGUGGAACCCUUCAACAAGAUUCAAAUCUAAAAAUUCUCCAUCCCUUGAUAAAAGCUUAGUCACAAAUUAUGGCUUUGGCUAUGACCAUGUUAAUGACAAGUACAAGGUGCUACUAGAUGUAUGUCCUCGCGGUAAUAGUAAUAAUCAAAAUGUGAGACUUUAUACUUUUGGAGAAAAUUCUUGGACAACUAUCCAGAAUUUCCCAUGUAACCCUACUACUUUCCCAGGAAAAUUUGUGAGUGGCACUAUAAAUUGGGUAAUAAUUAGACAGGUUGAAUAUGGAGUUGCCGAGUCAUGGACUAGACUGAAGAUGAUCCCUGCAGAGCAUUUACAAGGGCCAUAUUGUGCCAUUGAACCCUUGUUCAUUUUUGGAAAUAGUCUUGUUCUGCUGAAAACGAUGCACGGAAUUUUACUGUAUAACUUAAAUAAUGGUAGGACAGAUAUUCCUUUGAUUUCCACCUCGAACUUGAUUGGGUUGAAACAACAUCUUUACCUUGAGACUCUUGUAUCACCGCAAUUAAAGAGUAAGAUUUAUAAUGAAGGAGUAACAAAAAUAUGGGAUAUUGGUGGGGAUGAAUUGGAUCUAUUUGAUGGAGCUGCUAUUCUUGAAGUUGCUACUCUUUCUCUCAAUGAACGUGAACUAGAAGCUGCAUUCAAUGGAGAAGAAAAUAUUGAUAUUCAACCAUAA